AUGCAUUGGCUCUUGCAACUGCUAACUACAAUGGAUAUUUCCCUUCACAUUACAAAUUGUGCCGAGCAUAAUCCAUUGAUGUCAAUCUUGAUCUCCUCGCCGAAGCUAUACGUACGAGAGCACAUCAUGGCCACUUCGGAUUAUAUUAUAACUCAGAAAAAGGUCACAUAUUUUGCUCAUCGCGACUUAUCUGCCAAUGCCAGGGCCGAAACGACAAUGGCUCCGAUAACCUUUCCGUUACUGCUUCUUAAGAGCAAAAACGGAAAGCAAGAAGCCCACCACGACGUUAUCAUAACUGAUACUACAAAGAGAGAAUUAUCAGACAGACUUGCUACUGGUAAUCAAAAGAAACAAAUCGAUAGCAUGUAUGCAUGA